ACUUGACUCACACAUUGUGCGAGAUUGAAAAAAUGGAAAAUGAAACACUAAGCCAAAUGAUGAACAGUUAUGAUGUUCAGCUUACCGACAAUACAUUUGGAAAUUUUAACCUGCGGUUAAACGAUGUGACUGGGGACACUACCGGCACUUUGGAUGACAGCUCUGUCGUUAAAUCUGAAGAGCCUGAUAGAGAUAGCUCACUGACUGACAGAUUUGCAACAGAGACAACCUGUGAAGAUGCAAACGCUUUAAUAAAUGAACUGAAGUCAAAAAAUACAGUGAGGAAUACAAAGUGGGCGUAUACUGUAUUUGAAUCCUGGAGAGAUACCCGUAAUAAAAGCGGCCAUGAGAUUCCAGAGCUUUCCAAUAUGACGGUAGAUGAUAUGAACACGUAUCUAUGUCGUUUUGUAAUGGAAACGCGGAAAAGAGACGGUACUAAGUAUCCUCCAAAUAGUUUAUACCAUAUUAUGUCUGGACUUCUGAGGUACCUAAGAGAUAAGAAUAUAAAUGAUAAAAACUUUCUGGAUCAGGCUGAUCCUAGGUUUUCUUAUUUAAAUAAGGUCUUGAAUUCUGAAAUGAAAAAGUUAACGAGUGAGGGUUUAGCAUUGCCCCAGAGAGAAGCACUGCCUGUGACGGAAACGGAUGAGAGGCAGAUAUGGGAGAAGGGCGUGUUUGGGGACUUUGACGCAAUUUCACUUCAAAGGACAGUGUUUUUUAUAAUUGUAAAAUAUUUGGACUAAGAGCUGCGGAUGAGCACCGAGACCUUACAACUGACCAAUUCACCAUCGGAGAAGAAGAUGGAAAUGGACUUUAUGUGGACUUUAAUGGAAAAACCUCUAAGACAUAUAGUGGGUCUGUUAAACAGCGAAAAUUGGAACCCAAACAAAUACGUCAUUACGAUAACGGAAGCGGACUCGUUAAGUUAUAUGAAAUGUAUCUUUCGUGUGUGAAAACUGAAUGUGAAAAUAAAACGUUUUACAAACGUGCACUGCCACGAGUAGGUGAAAA